CCCGGUGCCGCCCCGGGACCGCCCCGGUGCCUCCCCGGUACCGCCCCGGCGCGGCUGGGCGCAUCGCGGCGGGGACAUGCGCUGGGCCCUGCUGCUGGCCGCGGCCGCGCUGCUGGCGCCCGCCGCCCCCGCGGCACCGGCGGCCCAAGAGGAGCUGCUCUUCAAGGCCUGGAUGCUGCAGAAUAACAAGAAGUACAGCUUGGAGGAGUAUUACCACAGGCUGCAGAUCUUUGUCAGCAACAAAAGGCGAAUCGAUAAGCACAAUGCCGGGAAUUACACGUUUGAAAUGGGGCUGAACCAAUUUUCAGAUAUGACCUUUGCAGAAUUUAAGAAAACGUAUCUGUGGCACGCACCUCAGAACUGCUCGGCCACGAAGGGGAACUUCCUGCGCGGCUCCGGGCCGCAUCCUGAGUCUAUCGACUGGAGGAAGAAGGGGAAUUUCGUGACGCCUGUGAAAAACCAGGGCGCCUGCGGGAGCUGCUGGACCUUCUCCACCACGGGGUGCCUGGAGUCGGCUAUCGCAAUAGUGACGGGAAAGCUCCUGUCUCUGGCGGAACAGCAAUUAGUUGAUUGUGCUCAGGCUUUUAACAACCACGGCUGCAGUGGGGGCCUGCCAAGCCAAGCCUUUGAGUACAUCCUGUACAACAGAGGGCUCAUGGGAGAGGACGCCUACCCGUACCGCGCUGAGAACGGCACAUGCAAGUUCCAGCCAGACAAGGCUAUUGCUUUUGUCAGAGACGUUGUCAACAUCACGGAGUAUGAUGAGGAUGGCAUGGUUGAAGCGGUGGGGAAGCACAACCCGGUGAGCUUUGCGUUUGAGGUGACGAGUGACUUCAUGCACUACAGAAAAGGUGUCUAUUCAAACACAAAAUGUGAGCACACUCCUGACAAGGUGAACCACGCUGUCCUGGCUGUGGGGUAUGGAGAAGAAAAUGGGACUCCUUACUGGAUUGUGAAGAACUCGUGGGGUCCACUAUGGGGCAUGGAUGGGUACUUCCUUAUUGAACGUGGAAAGAAUAUGUGUGGUCUUGCUGCUUGCGCAUCUUAUCCAAUCCCUCAAGUGUAACAGGGGAGCACAGGCUGGGGAAAGUGGCCACAGAAAAGGGAACGAUUCAUUGUGUAUGAAUUUCUAAAUUUUCAAAAUAAAUAAAGUGAGGAAAAACAAGAAAGAACAAAAUCAUUGAAAUUUGUUCUCUGCAGGCAGAUUCCUUUGCUUGUACAAAGCUUCUUACAAUAGGUAGACCUACGCCAUCUUCUGUAUUCCCCAGCCUGAAGCAAGUGUGCACUCUUGAACGGAUCCUCCAGGUCUGAGAGCCUGAAGCUCCCGUCUUCUCAUCCCAGUUGUGAUGCCCUUAUCGCGUGCCUGCUCUCCCCGUGCCAAAACGGGGCACAAACCAUCUACUGACACUGCAUGUUGGUGAGGGGAGGGUGGCUGAUUAGACCAGAGAGCACCUCAAAUAUGAAAAUGCCAAGCAGUUGUUAUCAGACACAUUUUGCCAGUCCAAUUUUAAGAUACUGUGGCAACAACAUUUACCCUGCUUCUGAGGUGACUGUUCCCCACUCACCAGACCACUUAUAGGGAUUUUUCUAAUUUCUUUGAAGGCGGUUUUUCCUUUCACUAAAGAAAGAUAAGUGCUGUGAUUUAUAAGUUUUAUCUAUUUUCACUAAAUCCAUUUUAGUAUUUUUGUAUAAAAAAUUAGUUAUUUUACUGAAAAUAUUGAACGGGUGAUUUUUCUUUUAUGAAUCAAUGAAAAGGCCUGAGCUUUAAUACUAACAAGUUUAAAAAUCAGACAAUUUCGAGAGAAGCCCUGACAUCAGCAGGAGGCAUUUCUGUUGUAUAUUAUUUCAUGUUAAGGUAUCGCUACUGACUUGUUACUGUGUACUGCUGAAGAAAAUAAAAAUGACUUGUCACCUG